AUGAGCAAGUGGACACAAGUCGCUGAGUCGCCGGCAGUCUGCCCAACUGCCACGUCUCCCUUUUUUCUUCCGCGCGAACUGUGUGCGCCCGUGCCUGUCCUCGUGAGCCAAACAAAGUCGAUCAGCCUCGGAUUGAGUCAAGCCAGGUCUCGACAGACAGCCGUCAAGAUUCCUCUCGGAAUCGGCAAGAAGAAGCGAGGAGAGGUCACCUCUCCUCAGACAGGCAGCAACGGUACAGCCGGUGGCAGUCCCACCAAAAUGUCACAUCACGGCCUACCCGCCAAGGAUCCUCUGAGCGGACACCCUGGCCAUCUCGACAUCACACAGAAUCAUGUCCUCGGCAAGUUCAAAAAGGAGCUCGAAGCCGAUGGCUUCUACACUGCCGAACCCCCCUCGCACGAUGAUGCGACACUGCUACGCUUCCUCCGCGCACGCAAAUUCGAUCUGCCCAAGAGCAAGCUGAUGUUUGAAGACUCAUCCAAGUGGCGAAAGAGCUACAAGGUCGACGAACUCUACCAAAACUUUGACUACAAAGAACGCGCGCAAGUAGACGAAUAUUACCCCAAAUUCUACCACAAGAUCGAUAGGGAUGGACGACCGAUAUACAUCGAGCAGCUUGGCAAACUAGAUGUGGCAAAACUCUACUCGGUCACGACGCCGGAGCGUCAGCUGCAAGCUCUCGUCGUAGAAUACGAGAAAUUCCUCAGAGAACGAUUGCCGAUCUGUUCCAACAUCAAGGGCGAGCUUGUCGAGACAUCGUGCACCAUCAUGGACCUCAACAACGUUGGCAUCUCCCAGUUCUGGAAAGUCAAAAACUUUGUCCAGGAAGCCUCACAGAUCUCUCAGUAUAACUACCCAGAAACGAUGGGCAAGUUCUACAUCAUCAAUGCGCCCUACCUAUUCACGACAGUCUGGUCACUCGUCAAGGGCUGGCUGGACGAGGUGACGGUAGCAAAGAUCACAAUUCUCGGGGCGAAUUACCAAGAGACAUUGCUUGCCCAGAUUCCGGCAGAGAACUUACCGGAUUUCUUGGGCGGCAAGUGUCAUUGCUCUCAGGGUUGCAGUCUCAGCGAUGCCGGUCCAUGGCAAGACGAGAAGCUGCAAAAGGAGGUUCUCCAUCCCGAUGCCUCUCACCAAACUCACCCAGUGACCAACGGCACUGGCGCAUGA